UAAAAAAAAAUGAGUAAAAAAAAAAUUGUGCGGCGUUUGUGUUCGUGUUUGUAAAUUGUAAUUUGGUAUUACUUUUAUGAAAACAUCAACUUAAACAUGAGAAUAGCUUGAAGUUUAAAAUUAUAUAGGCAAUUGGCAAAUCUCUUACAAUGGCUGCGGGUCCGAUUGCGGAGAGAAAUCAAGAUGCUACAAUAUAUGUUGGGGGUCUUGAUGAUAGAGUAUCAGAGAGCUUGUUAUGGGAGUUGUUUGUUCAAGCAGGACCUGUUGUAAAUGUUCACAUGCCCAAAGAUAGAGUCACACAGACACAUCAAGGUUAUGGAUUUGUUGAAUUUAUGGGAGAGGAAGAUGCAGACUACGCUAUUAAGGUUAUGAACAUGAUAAAACUCUAUGGAAAACCAGUAAGAGUCAAUAAAGCAUCAGCACAUCAAAAGAAUCUUGAUGUUGGGGCCAAUGUUUUCAUUGGUAACUUGGACCCAGAAGUGGAUGAGAAACUACUGUAUGAUACAUUCUCGGCGUUUGGUGUUAUUUUACAAACACCUAAGGUGAUGCGAGAUCCAGAAACAGGCAACUCAAAAGCAUUUGCAUUUAUCAACUUUGCUUCUUUUGAAGCGUCAGAUGCUGCAAUUGAAGCUAUGAAUAACCAAUACCUAUGUAAUAGGCCAAUAUCAGUAUCAUAUGCAUUUAAAAAGGAUGUCAAAGGAGAAAGGCAUGGGUCUGCCGCUGAAAGAUUGCUAGCGGCGCAGAACCCGCUAUCGCACGCAGACAGACCUCACCAGCUGUUCGCGGAUGCGCCGCCGACUAUGAUGGGGCCGAUGAUGAUGGCGCCACCGCCGCCGCCGACUCCCACGCCGCUCCCUCCUCCAGGACCUCCGAUGAACGCACGUCCCCCUCCUCCACUACCCAUGUCGGCCCCCCCGCCCCCUCCGUCGUCCAUGCCCCCACCGGGUCCUCCCCCUCCCCCCGGUCCUCCUCCCCCUCCCCCACCAUUCCAUCAUUACCCCCCACCGCCCUUCGGUCCGCCCGGUUUUGGACCGCCACCGCCCCCUGGCUCCAGAGCUCCCCCGCCCUGGAGGCCGCCCCCCCCUUCGUUCCGGCCCCAGUUCCCACCAAGAGGGCCGCCCCCCUUUGGGCAUCCACCGUUCCCUCCACAUCAUCCCCCGGAGCCGAAUUAUAAUUAUUAAGUAAAUGUACUAAGACAAUAAAGAUUUUUAUUAAGUAUGUAA